GGACCUGAGAGCGUUUAGAAACUCCCUUUUAAUUCUCACCUGGAGCCUCUUGAAGAGUAAGCAGAGAAGAGUAUCUCAUGCCAGAGGCGAGCACAGUCUGCAAGGACUGUUCAAGACUGGCUGCUCUCUAAGGAACAAGAGUUUCCUAAAAAAAAAAAAACCCCGAAUACUGUGGAUAUGCCUCAGCUCAACUUUCCAGACCAGAUUAACAUGGACCGUCCGAUGUAAAGGAUUUUAUAGCACCGAGCAAAGAAACUGAGGGAUCCCGAAGUUACAGGCUGCGCAAUGUCAUCUGGCCGUGAGUCUGUAGGGGAUCUGAUUCCCCCAGAUAUGCUGCAGGUGUUCAAUGAGGAGUGGCAGGGCGGCAGGGGCAAACGGGGCAGGAGAAAGGCAGGAUCCUUCAGCCGUGCCUUCAAGUGGUUGAAGAGCCAGCGUAGGAAAACCCGCCAACGUGGUACAGAGAUUCAUGGAGACUUGCUCAUCGCUGGAUCACCUGUAGAACUACCAAAAUCUACACUUACAACAGGCCCUAAAGAGGAAGUUGUGGGUGCUACUUCUGUUCAGGAGUUCCAAGAAAAUGUGUUUGUGGAGGGUAAUCGGCCUAAAUAUGUGUUGGACCUUCACACAGAGGCCCAGCAGGGCCUUAAAUUGCAGCAGCAAGAGGAUGAUAGGAAUGGGAUUGAUUACCCUGAUGACCAAAGUAUGAUCUCAACAGUAACAGCUCAGACUGAAGUCAGCAUGGCCUUCAGUGAACUGAGAGGCUUUGAGUCUGAGAGCACAGCAGCUGAUUCGGUUUCCAUGCGCUCAUCCAUUUCUUCACGAUCAACACGCUCAGGACUCAAACGUCAAGCCUCAACGUUCAGACCCUUGAAGCCAGAUAAGACUGCAGAGAAGACAAAGUCUCGUAGGAGACAUGUGAGAACUGUUGUAGGAAUUCCUCGACACAUCCAGAGAGAACUGGGUUUGGACAGGGCAGCAUGGAUCACCACCAGUGCUCUUGAUGGUCAGCUGUCCAAUGGAGACAUGAUCAUACCCACCAUAAUUUCCACUGUGGAUGGUGUGUCUUUCAGCUGUGAACAAGAAAGUGUACCAGACCAUCUACAAGGUGUGCAGAACCUGUACACUGUUAAGGAAACCAACGCAGAGCUCCUUACACUGACUAAACCCAAAGAUGACAUCUUUCAAGGGCUCAUGAACCAUUCUGUAGAUCCAGAAAAGUCCGGAGCAGGCAUUCUAGGUGUUCCUUGGACAGAGAACCAAACUGGUGCGGUGAUGUCCAUCUCACCUCAGGCCACAUACAUGUCUAAAAUCAUUCCAAAUGCUGUUCUUCCACCAUCUGUGGAUGUUGUGGAAAUCAGUCGGAGCCAAAGUCGCAGCAGUGUCCGAACCGUCAGCAAGAGCAGUCUGGUGUCAGCCAGCCCAGCAUCCACACGUGCUUCCUCCAGAGUCUCUUCACAUCGUUCCACAGCCUGCUCAAACUACUCUGGGUGGAGCCACUCGGGAUCGUCAGAAACAAUAGUAUCCAAUUCUUCUACCAUCUCCAGCAGUAGCACUCCCCGUGUGGCCAGCAGAGGGAGUCAGGUUGAGAACACAUAUAGACCAGUCAAGCUGAACAAUGAUGUUAAAACUACUAAUAUGAAUGGGGGCUCUACAGAGGAAGAGGAUAGCAGAAAAAAAGGAUCUGAUGCUGCUUUCACACGUAACCUAUCAGUGAUUAAAAGGGGAAACAAACCUCCAGCUCCUCCCAACAGGUCAUACUCUUUACACAAUGGGAAACAGGCCUGGAAGGCAUCUGAGAGUAAUACCUAUUUUGCUGAUGUCAGCGCUCCCGAUGAGUCCCCAUACCCAGGUGUAAUUUCUGUAUCUAAAACGAAGACCACCAUUCACAAGUUGAGCCCUAAAAUAGACAUACCUCCCUCCAGUGGACCCACAACUAUCACAUCAGAGGAGAGACAGCCAGUCAGCAGAGACAAGAAAACAAUGUUACCUGAAGUAAAGAUAUACAGCAAUAACCUUCAAGUGUCUUCCAUUGAUGCACCACAUUCAUACACAAAUGGCACCAGUAAGCUUGCUGAACUUAAGAACACCCUUCUGUCAAAAAGUCUAAUUAAUAGUAACAGUUCCUCCCCAGCUGUAAUGGCUCUUCGAUCUCUGUUAGAGAUUCCCUCCCAUCCCAAGGUACUGGCUCCGCCAGCUCCUCCUCCUGAGACCUGGGCUCACAACCAGCGAACUUUUGAACUGCUGUGUGGACCCGGACCUGUUAACUAUGCACGCUGGGCCAAAAAGAGAGGUCUUAAAAUAGUAGAUGAACCAGAUGUAGCCUUGGCAAACACUGACCGAGUAAAUGCAGCAUCUCUAUUGCAGGCAGUAGAGAUAAAAGGCAAAAUUGAAUCCAUAGCACCACUUGCUUGUGUUGCCCCAUCUCCAUCACCUCCCCCAGAACAUUGCCCACCAACACCAUACAACAGCCAAGCCAUACCUCCUCCACCCCCUCCAGACUUUGUUCCUUCAACUCCUACACUAGCUGCCAAAGCAAUAAAGGACUUAACUACUUGGAUCCCACCACCUCCUCUGUUUCCUCCUCCGGCGCCUCCAGCAGGUACGGCUUCGGCAACUCCUGUCGUUGUGCAAAAUGAUAUCGACUUUCCUCCACCGCCCCCACCAUUUUCGCCACAGUUUCUACUGACAUUGCCUCAAUUACCUCCAGAUAUUCCACUGCCACCACCACAGGAAGUUCCACCUCCACCAAGACCACCUUCUGAACCACAGAAAAUCCCAUCCCCUCCACAAGAAUCCCAACCUUCAACACACAAAGUGUUAGUAACAUCAUCUGAAACUUCUCAACAAAUCAACGUUCCUCCACCUCUUCCACUGCUCACUGAUUUAAAAUCUCAACAAGUCAGUGUUCCUCCCCCUCCUCCUCCACCUGGUAAUGUAAAGAUGGAGGACAGACUAGAGACAACAGAACCAGAGAAACGGACAAGCAGUCCCUCUCCUGCCAAAGAGGAGACCUCUGGUCCUGUGGUCACCCAGUCUCUCCUACAGAUGGUUCGUCUUAGGUCAGUUAAGUCCAAUCAGAGCCAUGCUGUAGAAACUGAUAAAACAUCACAACCCAAACCUAAAUCAAGUGGCAAUCAAGAGGCACCUCCAAAGCCAAACAGAAGGUCUUUGAUUAUAACAUCAUUGCCCCCUGAUGUGGAAGCUCUUUCCAACACAGAGCAAAAAACUGAAGCUUCGUCCCUCAACACAAACGCAACCACUGUAUUAAGUAUUCAGCAAGGAUCACCUGAACGAGAAACUCAAUCAAACAAGAUUUCUCAAAUGCCAAAUGUUUCAUCAGCUACAUGUCCACCUACCGAACCAAGUAACAAUCCAGCUCCUACUGAACCAGCAGCUAAACAACCCUGUGCUGAAAUAGAACUCAAACCCCAAACCAACAUGGAACAAAUUCAACAUUUAGUGCCUGACCCAGCAACCCUGAUAAGCACAACAGAACCAAAGGACCAAUCAAUCAAUGAUCAAAAGUCUCAACACCAGGCACAAGAACCCAACAAGACCCCACAUAAUUCAGAGAAGCAAUUAAGCACCAUUGAAAUGCACCCAAAGCUAGAAGAGGAGCAGCCAAAGACCCAAACAGCAAUGCCUAUUGUCUCUUCCCCAACUCCCAUAGUCUCUUCGCCAGCUAACCCCUCCAUGCGUCUCCAGGAUGCCAUUCGUCUAAAGGCUGCCACUAUGUCUUCAAAAGACAAUCAAGCCAAGCGUUUUGGUCUGUGCUCUCCUCCCCCAGCCAUGGCUAGUGGCACCACUGUACCAAACUCCCCUGCAUCUACAGCCAGCUUCGUCUUCUCCAAAAGCCCAAAGAAGGUCAUAAUAGAGACACCGUCAUCCUUAGAGGUUCAGGGUGACCUAAGGAAAACUCUGGUGGCAGAGUUAGCAUCUGUCUCUGAUUUAGACAAGUCUACUGACUCACACAAGAUGGCUAACAAAGUUCCUCCACCUAUUGCUAAGAAACCCAACACUAAGGUUGAGAGAGUUGUUCAGAACUCUGCAGAGGCCGAAUCCGUAGCCAAGACUGAGCAUGUGUAAACAGAAACUGUACAAACUGCCGGACAGGAAGUACAGAGAACUCUGAGAAAAGAAGUGAAUGAACGUGCACAAAUGAUUUAAUAACCCUCGAGUUUUUGCUUUAUUUUGUAGAUAACCCGGCUUUAGAUCCUAGGCCCAAACUGCUUAAGCAAUUUUUAAAUAUACCAAAAAAGUCUUUAUGUACAGAUAGGCAUAUUGCACUUUUUGUACACUGGUUUAGUGUAACUGAUUCUCAUUCAUCAUGGGAAUGCGUGUCACUGGUAUUUGGAAAUUAUAAAUAUUCUUAUUUUAUUUAUAUGUCCUCAAACUUAAACAGAAGCCAUGCUACCUUCUAGUUUAGUGAACUCCUCCCUACUGGUAGCACUGUAAUAACUGUGGCAACAUAGCAGGAACGCACCAAAAGAGAAGUUUUAAGUUUAUAAUAGAGUUGAGCAAUCAAUCUCUAUGCUUGAUUUUUACAGUUAUCAAUGAAUGCCUGAAUAUGGGAGCAGUACGAAAGGAAAUUAGGGUAAAGAAUGUAAAGAAGGUGAACAAAAGACAGAGAACAGAUGGGAGAAUAGACCACUGAUUUUGGGGUGGGGGUUGUGACUAUUAUGUUUUCCAAUUGCAGAGUGUAACUAAGCCUAUUUUUACUAAAACACUAACUCCUUAAAGGUAAUGGUAAUGACAUUCCCCACACCAAGUAUCCAUAUGUAGAAAUGUGGAGAAGGAAUCUGAGCAAGUCUAAAUGAAACAGAAGGAUAGAGCCAAUGAAUGAAACCGAAGCUGUGUUCUCAACAUAGUAGGCAGGUAGGGCCAAGAAGGUGGUCAGAAGUCAUGAAACUGCAUAAACAAAAGGCCUAAGGUCUUCAUCUCUGUGUAAGCAGUACCUUUGGUUUAGCUGUUUUUAUUUUAACACAUAAGUUCCAUUUGUUUACACAGUUCAUGUACAUUAUAGUCUACAGACAGGACAAAUAAAAGAAAAUGAAUGUUUUUGA